CAAAUAACGAUAUACGCGCCCACGAUAAAAGUUUAAUCUUUAUAGAGGAGAAAGCUUGUAUCAAAUUUUUCCUCUAAACUGUUUUUGUCAAUCAGUUUAGUUCAACAUGUGGCUAAAAACAGUGCUAGUUUUAACUUUUUUGUGUGUUGUUAAUGGAAUACUUUUGGAAACUUCUAAAAAUAUAAAUCUAAAAAUUGUGGGUGGUGAAGAGGUAGUUCCUCAUUCAUACCCCUAUCAAGUUGGAAUUGCAAUACGAGAACCAAAAGAGAGAAAAGGUUGGUGUGGUGGAGCUCUAAUAUCAAAUGAGUUUAUAAUAACAGCUGUACAUUGUUUGAAAGGAAUUCAACUAGCAACCGUUUACCUUGGAGCUCAUGACGUCCACAAUCUUUCCUCCAAUGCCAUAAAAAUUGAUGUUGUACAAAGCGAUAUGCUUUUACACCAUCUCUGGACACCUAGGUAUGCGGUUCACGACAUUGCAUUAAUACGACUGCCCGAUCCCAUUCCAUUCAGUGAUUCCAUUCAACCAAUUCCUCUACCAACCCCACAAACUAUUGUCUCACCUGGACAAAUGCUUGUGGCAACUGGAUGGGGACGUACAUCAACAAAUACCUCCAUUGCCCGUCCAACGAAAUUGCACUCGGUUAAAUUAAGAGUUGAACCAGAUGCCACAUGCAAAAAUCUAUUCUUCCACUAUGACCCAACUUUGAAUAUUUGUCUGGAGGGAAAUAGAGAGAAAACUUCGUGUUUCGGUGACUCUGGUGGACCGAUUGUUGCAACAAAUGAGAAAACUGGAACACACGUUCUAGUUGGUAUUACAUCUUAUGGGAGGAAAUGUGAAAAUGUGUCGGUACUUACGAGGGUGGUUGCAUAUUUGGAUUGGAUUGCAGUCAUAAGUGGAGUGUGAUGAUAAUUUUUUUUUUUAAUUUAUGAAUAAAAUUGAU